ACACAUACCAUCUAAACUCAUCACACCCCACAUCACCGGAAAACCUUCCUCUCCGGCUAAAAAUGAAUUACAGCGGCUCCUCACCUACUCUCUCAGCUACAUUCGAACGUUCCGCCAGCAUCGAUCCCACGAAGCACGUAAGCUACGCUCCCGAGCCAACAGCUCCAACCAUCUCAUCUGUUCUUAACGGACACUCGGAACCUCAGUUGACCGCAACCAGUCAGCACUGGGUGUCUCCGGUACAGUCAGAUGUACGUCCAAUAAUGAAGUCAGCCAAUCAAAUUAGCGAUCGUGGGUUGAGUUCAACCAGUUUCAGUGGUAAAGCACCGGGGCUUUCAGGUGCUGGGCACAAUAUCAUGUCUGCGAAUGAAGUCACCAGCAAGGUUGCUAGUGAAGCAAAAGCGCCCACAAUGACCGGUGUUGCGGAACGAGAUCGGAGUAACAAGGGAGAAUCGGAUGAAGCUGAGGAGGAUCAUGAUAAUGAACAGAAGCUUGUCGGAGUGAGUAUGGUUGGAAAGAAGUUUAAGCCGGUUAACCCGGAGGCAUUCUAUGUGGAGGAUGAUGAUGAUGAAUAUUAGAUGAUCCAUCUUACUGAUUUUAAUGUUAAAGUUUGCAACUUCACAUGGGUCUGUGGUCAUGCACGUGCAUGCAUGUGCAUUGGCUUAGUUGUUUGUCUUUUGCUUUAAUUGUUUUUAAUUCAUGCUAAUAUGUAGGAAGUUGUUAGUGUUUACUUAGUCUAUUGGUGCUAGUCGAGUAGUGGUAGUCAUGGGCCUUUGUAUUUGCAACUUUUGAAUAAAUUUCGAAAAGCAACUGCUCUCUCUUUCAUUUACA